AUGGCCUCCACCAUCAGCCUCCUCCAUGAGAAGCUCUUUUUGUGCUCUCUGUGCAAAGACAUCUUCACCAACCCUGUAACCACACCAUGCGGACACAGCUUCUGCCUCCCCUGUCUCAGCAAUUUCUGGGCACGACACCAGAGCAGAUACUGUCCUCACUGUAGGAGAGUGUUUGCUGAGAGGCCCGACCUCAGCAUCAACCACAUUCUGGCUGACAUCUCUGAAAACUACAGGAAGAAUCGACCAGAGAAACCCCUUGAGGAGGAAAAAGUGAGUCUUUUAACAGAUAUUAUUGGAAAUUUGAUCAAUCUUGGAUAUUUGUGAGCUCUUAUGUCGCUGUUGCAGGUUGUAGAUGUUGAGCAAAUGAUUCAAGAAAGGCAGCAGAAGAUAGAACGGUUAAAAUACUCCCUCCAGCUCCAAAAGGUUUGUUAAAACCUGUGAUGCAUUCAAUCAUUUGUGAAAUAAAUAAAUGUAAAAACCUUAAAUGUUAAUAAACCCAUGAUGAUGUCCCUCAGAACUCCUACCUAAGAGAAGUGCGAGAGAGUCAGAAGGUCUUCUCCGCUCUGGUGAAUUUGAUGGAAAAGAGCCACAAAGGGCUGGUUUCAGCAAUAGAGGAGAAACAGAGAGAGGAGGAGAAGCGAGUAGAGACGCUGGUGGAGGAGCUGAAGGAGGAGAUCAAGGUGCUGAAGAAGGAGACCCCUGAAGCUGAGCCUCAGAUUCCUGCGAACGAUGACCAAAGUGAAGAUGUGAAGCAAGUUACUGUGGUAAACACCUUCACCUUCAGCAGACAGAGCAAUGAUGAUUAAAGAUGUCGAGGCCUUGACACGAGGCUGAUGAAAUCUUUGUCCAUGUCGUGCAGAGCAUUGUUUCUAACAUGAGCCUGGCUGACAUGAAGGACUGGUCCAAGGUUACCAUAGAAACUGACCCUUGUGUUGGGGUAACUAGACGAGCUCUGUCAGACGUGAUGGAAAUGGUGAAGGUAGAAGUCAACAGGCUCUCCAAAUCUGGUGAGAAAUCCAAAGUAGAUCUUUUGUCUUAAACAGAAAUCUGACUAUCGGUGACAACGACAUUUACAUUUUCCUUUUAUUCUUCUUUGACAGAGCUGAAGAGAAUAGAAAAAUACACAGGUAAGCAAAUUAUUUAAGGGAGAUUCUUUGUAUUCUCUUUUUAUAUGAGUUGUUUUUUUAUACUUAUAGAUGAAUUUAGACCAACAACUGUCCCAUAAACACUUUUUCAACUACAAUACUCGAGGGAGGACGAAACUGCCCACAUGUAUGCUAAAAAGUGCACAAUUCAGUCAAAGCAUUUUAGGAAAAGAUGAACGUCAUAUUGUGACUGUUGAUAGAUAAACCAAAAGUUAUUAGUUGAGUCAUUGUUGGCUUUUAAAAUACCACAUCAGGAACUAAUGGGUGAUGCCUCAUAGACAUAAUCUAUGUUUAUGUUUAAUACCAUUUAUGGUCGUUGCAGAUGGGAACAUUUGGUUGGAUAGGGGUUUAUUUUUCCUAUGCCGGACUUAUUCUCAGUCAUAUGUUUCACUUUUUUAGAAUUUUAACAGAGUUUAAAAAGUUAAACAUCUCACAUUAUAUAGCUUUACUUUGCAAAUAUAUUUGAUGCCAUCCCAGAUUUUACAUGGCAGAGAGGACACUACUAUGGAGGGUCUUAACAGGGUCAAAAAACUGACAGAUAAGAUCUGACUUCCUCCCUGUAAAGUGAUUUUCUAGCAGGCCUUAGUCUCAAAGGUAUCCAAGCUCUUUGACCCAUUUUUGAGUUUUUCUCUCUCCUUUUCUUAGCGGAUGUCAGUCUGAGUGCAAAGACAGCCCACCCCUCCCUCUCUGUCUCAGAUGACAGAAAACAGGUGAGACAAACAGACAAACUUCAGGAAGUACCCGAUCACCCCAAGCGCUUCGACCGUGUCGCAAACGUACUGGCUAAGGAGAGCUUCGGCAGUGGGAGGUGCUACUGGGAGGUGGAGGUCGGGGAGAAGAUCGAGUGGACCCUGGGUGUGGUCAGACAGUCAAUAAACAGGAAAGGCAAGUUCACCGUCUGCCCUGCUAAUGGUUUCUGGACUCUGAGCCUGAAGCCUGGAGGCCAGUACAUGGCUAACACCUCUCCUGUGACCUCGCUGGCUCUGGAGCAGAGACCCAAAAUGGUGGGCGUGUUUCUGGACUACACAGAGGGCCGUGUGUCCCUCUUCUGUGCUGAAUCUGGAGUCCACAUUCACACCUUUAUGGACUCAUUUACUGACAGACUUCAUCCUUUCUUUUGUCCCGGACGCCUACAUGGAGGCAAAAACGCUGCACCUCUAAAAAUCUGCUCAAGUUUCUGCAGCAUCUAA